UACGUAUACAGAGGAGCGAGAGAGAGCUAUAGGACAUGGACACAGUUCGCCAAAGGUAUUGAUAGUCUAACAGAGCGUAAUAACAACUGUAUGAUGUACUUCUACAAAAUAUUUUGGUAUGGAAGCUAACUACGCAUGCGCAUUAUAAUAGUCAAGACAAUAAUAUAGCCUAGGCCGUGUUGGCAUUGCUUAUAAUCGAACUACAAACAACAGUAGAAGACAGAUGGAAAAGUUGACGGUAUUCACUGAGAGAUACAUAAUCUGUAAAAGGGAUUAAAAUAAAAUCUACUUUUGUUUAGACCGAUGCAAUGGUUUUAUCUCUAGCUACUAGGGACUUUUAGAUUUGCGUGGACUGAUACGUGUGACGUCCAUUCAAGGCAGUGCAUUAAAAGGACGUCGAUCGUAGCAAUCCCCAUCGUCUUCGUGCGAAUCUAAAAGUCCCUAAUACCAGGGAUGAACGUCUCUACAUGGCUUCCUAGUUCCCAUUCGAUUUCGACCCAGUUGUGUUUUGGAAUACCUUUUCGAUUGAGCCUUUUCGCGUAUUUAUGUUGUUAUAGCUUCUUUAGCCUGAAGUGUUUGACUCAACCGUCGAAAUAACUUGUUGUUAAAGUGCGAAAUGUGUGUGAAGCAAUUAAUGUUCGGUGAAUCGUGCGAUUCUUUGGAAUAUUAUUAUUUGACCAAUGUAUCAAAAGCUUGCUGUAGAACUAUAUACGUGUAUGGAGCAAAAUAAUGCUUAGUGAGUCGUGCAAUUCUUUGGAAUAUAUUUGUUCAACGUAUAAAAAGCUCGUUAUACCUUAAACCAGCUGUAGAAUUACAAUACGAUGUGUAUGGAGUAAAUGCAUCUUCAACUGUAAAACAUGUUAGUGUGAUUCGACCGACACGCGAAUCAGCAAACGCGUCCGUUUAUUAGGUUUGUGGAGCGAACGAGCUCUUUAAUUUCCCCGCACGUAAUUCACCCGGUUGUAUGGUAAGUCGGUCGAGGCAUCCGUGUAGCCUUGUAGCCUGGAGAAACUAUCGAAGCUCCGUCGACGCAAUUCAAUUUGUCGGGAUGAUUCUAGCCUGCGAAACGUCAAACCGCGCCAAUAUUUGAGAGGAAAGGCGGUCUCGAUGGGAGUGUAUACGCGGAUGACUAGCUAAUACUUGCUCUUUAUCUGGAUGAGCCACUGUACAUUGUACACCACGGAUAAUACAGCAAUUGGAUUGGAUGCACACUUGAGUUAAUCUGUGAUCACUGCUUUCCAGCUGCAUGAGGGUGGAAGAGAUUAUCAGCCUGAAACUAUGACGAACAGAAAAUUGAAUACCAGUGUAAUGAGCACCAUCUCCCUUUCUUCUCGCUUUCAUCUCGUCAUGAGAGUCAUGGCUAAGCAUUUGCUAAAGCGGAGUUUUUUGGCAGGUCUGUUCUUGGUCUCUUCUGUAUUGUGUUUCUACUCCUGGACUCACAUGAGGGGGUCUGGUGUGGACACCAAUAUGCCACACCUUGGUGUACAGAGGAGUAAACUGUUUGAUCUCAAUUAUGACCAAUACACCACAACAAGUAAAGCUGAGAAGCAGACUAGGCCGUACUCAGGUUACUAUGGUGAUGGAUAUAACAUGAGAAAACUUCCACCCAAUCUAUUUAAACUUGCACCAGAGGUGUUCGACGCGAUACCGGAAACCUUCAUCCCCAACAUCAAGAACCCCUGCUUCUUUUACCGGGGAACCAGCCCGCCGGGACUCCGGUGCCUCCCGUACUUCUACCUGAUUGGGAUGCAGAAAUGUGGGUCCACGGAUCUGUGGGAGAAGAUAAACGCUCACCACGAGAUCCAACGGAUCGAGAAAGAGCCGCACUGGUGGGCUAGGUAUCGAGUGAGGGAACUCCCAGCAGAUUACGGCAUCAAUAUGACCACGCCCUUAUCACUUUCCUGGUAUCUAGAUGUCAUGUCGUAUCAGAUAGUGCCCAGGCUGAUGACAAUGCCUGACACUGCUGACUGGUUGGUAGUAGGCGAUGGUUCCACAUCGACCCUAUGGGAUAACAAAUGGCAACAAGUAUCUGACCAACAGGUAGACGGACCUGACUACGUCAUCGCUGACGUCAUCAAAGAGGUUCAACCAAAAGCAAAGUUCAUUGUAGUAUUCCGUGACCCUACCGAAAGGGUAUAUUCCGACUAUCUGUUCUUCGGCAAUGAGGGCGACAACUUUAUUUCGAAGCUGCAUUUCAACAGGAUAGUAGAAGAAGGAAUAAAGACAUACCACCAGUGCAUGCAUAACAUGACCAAACGUGCCUGUACAUUCAGACACGGGACACAGUCUUCUCGUCUUCUUUUAGGCAACUACGCAGUCUUCCUUCGUGAUUGGCUAAGAAUAUUCUCACGUGACCAAAUCCUAGUCGUGCGAUUGGAGGAUUGGCAGCAACGAUGUACGACUGUACUCAAAGAGAUAUAUCGCUUUUUAGAAUUAUCGCCACUACGUAGGACAGAGUUAGCGUUCAUCUGCAGCGGGGAGAGGAUACGCGUCAACACACAAAUGAAGAAGCACAUGGGAGACAUGCUGGACGAAACAAGAACGUUAUUGAAUAACUUCUACGCACCGAUGAAUGCAGAGCUUAGUAGACUCUUGAACGACACGAGAUUUCUGUGGAAUGACGUCGCUCAUUGAUGCUCGAUGACAUCACGAAAUCUCACCAAUGAACGCAGAGCUUAGUUAACUCUUGAACGAUAUACGAGAUUCAUGUGGAAUGACGUCACUCAUUGAUACUCGAUGACAUCACGAAAUCUCACCAAUGAACGCAGAGUUUAGUUAACUCUUGAACGAUACGAGAUUUAUGUGGAAUGACGUCACUCAUUGAUGCUCGAUGAUAUCACGAAAUCUCACCAAUGAACGCAGAGCUUAGUAAACUCUUGAACGAUACGAGAUUCAUGUGGAAUGACGUCACUCAUUGAUGCUCAAUGACAUCAUCAAAGUUACCAAUGAACGCAGAGCUUAGUUAACUCUUUAACGACACGAGAUUUAUUUGGAUUGACGUCAUUCAUUGAUACUUGAUGACAUCAUCAAAGUUACCAAUGAACGCAGAGCUUAGUUAACUCUUUAACGACACGAGAUUUAUGUGGAAUAACGUCACUUAUUGAUAUUCGAUGACAUCACUACAUCUCACCAAUGAACGCAUAGUCUAGUUAAUUCUUGAACGAUACGAGAUUCAUGUGGAAUGACCUCACCCAAUUAUGCUCGAUGACAUCAUCACAGUUACCAAUGAACGCUGAGCUUAGUAAACUCUUGAACGAUACGAGAUUCAUGUGGAAUGACGUCACUCUUUGAUGCUCGAUGACAUCACGAAAUCUCACCAAUGAACGCAGAGCUUAGUUAACUCUUUAACGACACGAGAUUUAUUUGGAAUGACGUCACUCAUUGAUACUUGAUGACAUCAUCAAAGUCACCAAUGAACACAGAGCGUAGUAGACUCUUGAACGAUACGAGAUUCAUGUGGAAUGACGUCACUCAUUGAUACUUGAUGACAUCAUCAAAGUUACCAAUGAACGCAGAGCUUAGUAAACUCUUUAACGAACAUCCUUUCUGUUGAAUGACGUCAUUUAGUGAUAUCAAUGACAUCAUCAAAAUCGCCCACGUGACUAUCAUGACAAGCAUAUUUGAAGGAGGGAGCAAGGGGGUGAUAAUUUCCCCUCUUUAUAUAUUUUAGACCAAGAAAAUGGAAAGCAGUCUCUCUGGUAGAAAGCAGAUUGUGAAUCAUUGUAUUUAAAGUCACACGAAGUAUAGACAUAAUGCUCAAAAAGAUUUUAAAAUUUCGUCCCCAAGUAAGUCAUUCAACCCUCUUCGCUGUAUCUCAAACAGGAGCCCUCAUUUUCAUAAGUAUUUAUAUCUCUAAGUUCAAACCUUUUGCCCCUCCUAGGACCAACUUCAGCCUGGAUACGCCAUUGACCGAAUAACAUUUUUUUUAAAAGCAUUAUAGAAUUUCCCUCACAGCAAGAGCUAGAAGAGUUCCUACAGCUGUGUGACUGGUCGAUUUGUGUGCAAUCCGCCCUUCUCCUAGUCUUGUUCUUGACCCUUUUAUUGAAUUUUAUUCGCCGACUAUAAGCGUUAAGCCGAAUGAUGGCGCGAUCUUUAGUGACGGCGCGAUCCCGAGAACCUUUUACGGACCGGUUCUCGAGAUCGAGCCGUCACUAAAGAUCGCGCCAUCACUUGGCUUAACACUUAUAGUUAGCGAAUAAAAAUUCAAUAAAAGGGUCCAGAGCUAGACUACCCCUCUCCAAGAAAUUUGCAGGAGUCAUUGUUUUCCCUUUAGUUUCUGCAAAAUUGUGGAAUAACUGCUUUAUCUGUGGAUCUCUUCAAGAAACCUUUGAAAGCAAACAUAUUUGUGAGACAAUGUGGAAUAUUGUGAGCAUAGAGAAUACCUCUAUUGGCUCAACUGAUGUUAGUAAAGUGUUCUUUUUUAAUUAUUGUCUAAGCAACCCUCAUAUAUCGUAAUGGAGCAAAAAGCCAGUUUGUGGAUACAAUCUGCACAUGGGCAGAUAACGGACAUUAAUUUGAUCCAAAAUUGUAAAAACCCAUCGAGACGAAUACUGGAUUGGCGUUCUCAUUAUUGUGUAAUCAUUUUCAUAUAUUCACUGACGGCAUAUUUUCUAAUAUACAGGUGAAAAUAUUCUUCUCAAGAGGACAAACAAAAGGUAGUCAUGAAGCAUCUCCAUCACUUUGGCAGUGAUUAUUCUAACAUUCACAAAUUAGUGGGACGUCUCCAUGUUUUAAAUAUCUGUGGAUAUUUGCUAGUCGGUUUUGUUUAAACCAAAACUUACUACAACUGGUUUAGAGGAUCUGGGAUCCGUUUCACAAAGCCUUUUUUCAAUGACAAAUGACAAAAAUCAGUGACAAAUGUGCUGAUUACCAAUCAGAAGCAAGGAUUUCACUAGCUUACUAAUAGUAAAAAACAAAAACUGUCAUUUGUCACAGAUGACAAGUUUUUGUGAAAUGAUGCCCUGGACUGAAACGAAAGAUCGAAUGGAGAAGAGCCGUAUGGAGGGAUCGUUUAAAGAAUGUAGGUUGUAUAGACGAGAGUUAAAAUAGUUUAGAGGAAUAACAGAUAAAGAGGGCUUUGAUCGACCAACAGCUUGCCACGAGAGUCUACGUUAUGUGGCAACUACAGAGAUGAUUUUAAAACGAAGAGGGCGCCACACGCUGUGUAAACCUAGUGUAAAGGGACACUAUGUCAUCCCAGAACCAUCUAUACACAAAGUUUUGCCAACUUGGUUUCACUGGGUCACAACAUGGCGUAUAUUCUUUUGUUUUGUGCUUGCCCAACAAAACAGUAGUCGCCAAAGUGUGUCCAACUCGAACCGGGUUGGCCAAACUCUGUGUAUAGAUGGCUCUGCGUCAACCUUGGCGUCAACACAGACUCACUGAUCAUGUUGAUUAGGCACGUUUGAGGCGAUCAUGUUUGGGUUGAGCGCGAUAUGGCGAGUACUGUACUGCCUUAUUGGGCAUGCACACACCAAAAUAAUAUUCGCCAUAUUGUAACCUACUGAAUCAAAGAUGCCAAACUCUGUGCAAAGACGGCUUUAUGGCAACUUAUGAAAACGUAUCAUAUUAUGUAUGUAUAAAAUAGAACCCGACAUGGAGAACAACCUCUUGUUAUAACAUAUAUAACAAGCAAAUUUUACUGUCCAAGUUGUUUCUCUUUUGAUUCCUUUAUUUCUAGAUUUCGGUCGGACCCUGAUAAUACAAAGUUUUAUUAUAAAGGGGUAGUUUUAGUAUAUAGGGGCAGUGUCCUAUACCUCUAGGGAUCUGUUAUAAUAUAGUUCCACAGUAGAAGGGGAAUUUGUGCCGUAAAUAUCUUGAUUCGCACAUUUGUCUCAAAAUAAAUUAAAACAUUCUUUUCCAUUUAAUUUAGUUUGAACACGAAAUUAUUUUGAUACAGUGCAACAUUUGAUCGUAUAGAUAUUCUUGACAUUGUGACCCGCAAUUGUUAUAGCCUGAAAUAUGUAUAUAUAGCGAAUUACUAGUAGGCCUCUAAUGUUCUGUGUCUUAGUAUGAAAUAUGUAUAUAUAGCAAAUUAUUAGCUAGGCUACGAAUAUUAUGUGUCUUUAUUAAUAUUUGUAUUCAUUUAGUGAUUAUAGAAUUAUAUUUUUAACGAUAAAGUUAUCUAUCAAUAAAACAUUGUUUUAUAUCAUCGA